GAUAAUGUCACCGGGUGAUUCUCUCUCCCACCUAUUCACAUCAUGAUAAACGCUGCCGGGGCGGUUGCCCGCAGGAUGCCGUCGGCGGUCCGGCGGAGCGGUUGCUGGAUAGCGUGGUGCCAGGCGGCGCUGCUUGGCGUGUCGGCGCUGGUUAUCGUGGCCGAACGGAGCGCUCUGAUUUACUGUAUAGGGUUUUACCUUUGGAAUGAGGAGACGCAGUGGGCGGGCCUCACUCUCGGCCUCUUUCUACCGGGGACAGCAGUUCAACUGCUAAGUGUGAAAUGGUACUAUGAUGAUGGUGAUGACAGGCGAUGCUACCUCUCUGUCAUACACAUACUGCACCUGGGCAUCUUCAAAAGGUUAUGGGACUGUAUGAGGUCUGUGUUGCGCAUGCAGGGCUCAGUGGCUGAACUCGGAGCUGCUGUCAUGCAGCAGGCAGAUGUUGCUGCCCUUUGGCUGCUGGAGGCCCUCGUGCUCACACUGCCUCAGAGCCUGCUGCAAGCGUAUGUCGUCGUGUCCACUGAUGUGGGCAUCAUGUCACCAGUGGCUUACUGCUGCGGUCUGUGUGUGCUGUCUAUAUCCUGGGCCCUGGUGCUGUACAGCAGAGCGUGCUGUCUGAUCCGACCAGGCCACCUGGCCAUGCCUCCGGCAGCCCUGCUGUGCCAGCUGGUGUGGAGGGCAGGCAUGCUGGGUGCCAGGGUGACUUGCCUCAUGUUCUUUGCCAGGGUGUUUAACUGGUGGGUCUGUGGAGUAGCAGGUUUCCACUGGCUCACAGCCUCCUUCUGGCUGGUAUCACAGCAACCAGACAUCUGCACUGGCCCAUGGUGCUGGCGUGCCUUUAAUGGCAUCAUGGGGCUCGUCCACGUCUUCCUCUUCCUCAACGUCAAAGAUGGACCCUCGCGCUUCCGCAUGGGCAGCUUUUAUGCAUUCAUGCUCGUAGAGAACGCCACUCUGCUGCUGGCCGCCUCCGACUUCCUUAGUGAAGCAUCAUGGGACAGCAUGACCCUUCCCACCACUGUGCUGUGUAGCUUUCUCCUCGGUGCUACCUCUCUUGUUCUGUACUACCGAUUCCUCCAUCCCAAGUCCACAGAGAUCUCCCAGGGUACCAACCACAACCACAUGGGCAGCACAUGUAUAGAACAGGGGGAAUCCUCCUUCUCUCUCGGGGACAAGAGCCUGCCAGCCCCCUCCAUUCAAAACCAUGGCAGCUUCUCCCUCUCAGGUGUGGCUGGUACGCUGCUGGAGCACCCAGGAACCUGUGGAGGCCGGCCUAACAGCUCCUGCCCUUGCUACCACCACCACUGGCUCUUGAUCCGACUGGCCCUUAAAACAGGAGACCUGGGCAAGAUCAACAGAGCGUACGGGGCUGGCGGAGCAGCAGCCAUACUGGACAUGGACGAGUACAACCAAGAGUUUAAGAGUAACGAGGGCAUGACGAUCACAGCAGGAGGCAGCUGUGACGCCGUCUCCACCUCCGAGUCUCAGGGGAAAGGCCUGGCACCGCUCUCGGACUGCAAAGACGAGUUCCAGAGCGUGAGCGAACCCUCGUCGACCGAUCGACCUGAAGAAGAGGACGACAGUCUGGAGAUGGAGAGCCCGCUGGAAUCACCCGAAUCAGAUUUUAAACGCAGCUCACCAGAGGGAAAGUCUAUGUUUGGAGACAGUCCAGAGCCAUAUUUCUGCCCCACAGAGUCUAGUUCAACCCUGUAUUUCAGCGCUGACCCUCAGUCUCCCAGCAGUGCCAGUAACCCCCGUUUGGACAGGGACAUAGGGGGUCUGGAUCAGGGGGUUCGCCUCAACUCUGUCCCUAGCGAUCCAGCCCUUCACAGAGACAUCCGUGGGCUCAUGGGCCGGGUCGGGCCGCGUUGCACUUCGACUCCUAAAUUGGACUCUGGAGUGCUGGACUCUCCGUCCAGUGUCCCUCAUCUCACAGGUCCCAGGAGGCAGCUCAUAAUGUCCCGAAGAGAUGAAGAUGACAACUUCUAGCUUUCUCAUGACAGAAUCAGGGAAAGAGUAACAGCAACUUAUCCAGCGUUAAAGGAGUACACCAGCUUUUUGGAAGGCUGCUUUUUCAUCUUCCUAGUGUUGUAGGAUGAAUCAGCUUGCAUAAAUUUCAACCUUGUAUGCCUAUAUAUGUAGUACACUGUGGGCAUAGUAUAUGCAAAAAAUUUGGGAGAAUGCUAAGCUAGCCUGCACUCUUCUCAAAUCAUAAGCUAUUUUUUAAAAGCAUUGCUUUGCCCAAAUACCAAUCACAGUGGUGAAGCCUUCAGCAGUGCUUUCAUCUGACAUCAAGAAGAUAUUAAAGAGCUAAUUAGUGGUGUAUGGCGCUCAGACACACCUUCUACCUGAUGUUAAACUUUUUUUUUUUCAUUCUUUUUGCAGCAGUUAACAUCGUACUGUGCAAGAACACUGGUUCUGCCAUUGUAAUUACAUGUUAAGGAAGUAGCCAUGAGUCAUAUCAAUCAAUAAGCGUCAUUAAAAUUAUGCAGCUGCUUUACAAUCUCAGACAGCAGAUGAUUUCUAUAAUACAAAUAGAAACUGCUGUUAUUCAGUCGCCAGCAGUUAAGAGAAUAGAGAAAUGAAUCCUAGAUCGAAAGGGUGUCUGACCUUUGAAUAUUAACCAUCUCAGUGUAAGCCGGAGCUUUGUUGGCUUCUUAAAAGCACAAGUAUCACCUGUAUCAUAUUGCUGUGAUUUUUUUGUUAUUCCCAUAUAAAAAAAAAAAAAAAAAAAAAAAAUCCCAGUCCCCUCAGAGAAUAAUAUACUGUAUUUUUUUGUAUAACCAUGUCGACUGACAUUGCUUUGAGCAGGGCUAUAUGUCAACCUGGCAAAACUGUGUUUGAUGUUUUAUUUACAUGUUGACCAUGUAUUUGCUGAAAUGUUUUUGGAAUUUACAUUAUGUUGGAAAAAAAUAUAAUGUCUCAGGCAGUGACUUCAAAUUCAAACGUCUGUUGUGUAACAACAUGUAAAAAGAUGCUCAUAAGGUACUUGUAGUGACUUUUUUUAAUGUGCUCUUGAUCACUAUUUCGAGGGGACAAAUGCAUUUUUGCUCAUUACUAUUCUGUAAAAGGGAUGAAAUCCACAAAGCAGUGAAGUGAUGCUGGGUUUUCUCUUGCAGCCAUGUGACUGCCUAUAUGACAUUUUGAACUGUGAAGUGCAAGGCCACUGGUGGCUUUAAAUAAGCAAUAAA